AUGUUCAACACCUCUCACACAGUCUAUAUCAGCGAUCGGACUACCUUUGACUUGUUGGUGAAACAGUUACGCGUGUCGCUCUGCGUCAAACAUCGGCUCACGACAAUGCACACGGUAGUCGUCCAGCGCAAGUCCUUUCCUUUCACGAAACCGGGCCAAGAUCGCCCUCCCUUCAUGGAUUCUCUGCCCCUCGUCUUGGCCGGCUCGUUGCCUGCUCUGCGAGUCCUCGAGAUCCAACAGGCUCUGCGUCCCGUUAUGCACCCCAUGUUCUAUCUUGCCCUGCGUCAUCACGAGCAAACCAUGUCUUUGCGUUCGGUGGAUGUCCAGCUUCACGGUGCUCAACUACAGCGAAUCAUCCGUGCGCUCGCUUGGAAGAGCUUAUCUUAUCGGCCACCAGCCGGCUCAAGCGGCUUCGUCUCGUAUGCGACCUGGGCCCUGGGGAUCAAGCCGUUGGCACUGCAAUCCAUGGUCACUUGGCUUGCAUUCCCGGCACUCUGCGCCUCCCUUCGUAACCUGAGUGUGGAGUUCCGAAACCUCGCGCAUGGCGACUGCGGAUCCACAACCGGCCUCAUUGAUCGCAUGCUGGAAGGGAGUGGACCGUCACCCACUUCCUUUAGUCAGAUCCACGACAAAUUCCCGGUCAGGAAUGUCCCGCUUCUUCGCACGAACGACUGCUGA